AUGGAGACAAUUAAAGUACCGGAACACGAGCAUCCACUAAAGCUCAUUGAUUUGCAGCUACAAUUACAAUAUGAAGAAGAGGAAGAAGAGGAUGAUGAUGAUGAUGAUGAUGAGGGUGGUCAUUCAAUUGCGAAAGAUAAGUUUCAUGGUGUCACAUGUUGGAGGUGUGGGGAAGAAAUCCAUAUAUACCACAGGUACUACUACAAAUGUUCAUCAUCAUGUAAUAAUUUCUCACUUCACAAAUUCUGUGCUGAGCUCCCCUCAAGGUUAGAGCACCCAUCACACCCACACCAUACUCUUCUUUUGGUACCAUAUUCAUCUUCAUAUAUGUAUUAUUAUCUUAAAUGCAAACUUUGUAAGAGAGGUCAAAACCAUGGAGAACUAUCUUACCAAUGUAGUAAAUGUGAUUUCUCCAUUGAUCUCCGGUGUGCUGUGGAAGUAGGAAAAAACGUCAUCCAUCAUCCUUGGCACACUCACUUGCUAACAUGUGUUAUCCCUAAGCCCAUUUUAUGUGAGUGUAGUGCUUGUGGGAAGGAACAUAAAGGAAUCUUCUAUCAAUGUACCACUUGUGCUGGCGGCUUCAAUAUACACAGUGAAUGUGCUUUCUCACCAAAAAAAUUGCUAAUCCAAGAUAGAACAUAUGGUUAUUUUUCUCAUACUCACCCACUCACCAUUUCAUAUUCCUUCCCCCAAAUAGAUCAAAAAGCUAAACAUGAUCCCAGAUGCAGAUUAUGUGGCGCUGAGUUUUUUGAUACAGAGGAUCUUUGGAUUUACAAAUGUGAUAAAUGUUUGUACUAUGUCCAUCUCCAUUGCACAACAUCAAAAAGAUGGUGGCCUACUGGAUCAGGCAAAACCAUUCAAAAUUACAAAGAUGUUGACUAUCCUCGUCUUCUUCAUCUCCCAUUCCCUGAUGAAACUUACAGCAUACCAAAACAUUUUUUUUAUAAAGAAACUGGACCUAGAAUGCUCACAAGUAAUGAUGAGGUAAGCCUACAACAUAUCAGUCAUGAGCACCCUCUAAUUCUUGUUAAUCAAGAGCAAAAGGAUGGGAAAACCUCCACCUCAAGCAAGAUUAAUUCUUGUUGUUUCUUAUCAACAAAGUUUCAUGACCCAAUGAAAAAGACCCAACUGUUAUGCAAUGGAUGUCUCAGACCAAUCAUGCCUAGCAUGCCUUUUUACAAAUGCCCUCAACUAAUUUGCAACUUUGCUCUUCAUGAGUGGUGCACUCGACUCCCCACAAAAAUAGAAAACCACCCAGACCACCCCCAACACACACUCCACAUCAUGUACUCAAAUAUACCUGGUUGCUUUUUCGAUGUGUUCAGUUGUGCUGUUUGUUAUCUGCCUUGCAAUGGAUUUGCAUAUUGUUGUUUUAAAUGUAAAUACUAUGUUGAUGUUUGUUGUGGGUUUAUACCUAAACAAAUAACGCAUAAAGCCCACCCGAAUCACCUACUUUCAAUAGUUCAAAAAGAAAAUAAUGCUUAUCUUUGUUGUAUUUGUAAACGACAUUACACUGAAAGUCAAAUUUCAUUCCAUUGCAACACGUGCAAUAUUUAUAUACAUCCUGAAUGUGCUAUGUUAUUAGCUGAGACAAUCAGGCAUAAGUAUGACAAGCAUCCAAUGCACCUAAGUUACCUCCCAAUUGAGAACCAUAAGAGCCAAUACUUUUGUGAAAUUUGUGAGGAGGAUUUGAAUCCUCACGCAUCUUUCUAUCAUUGUCAAGAUUGUGUUCAGUCCAUACAUACAACUUGUGCUCCAUCAAUACUUAAGUGCGAGACAGAGACAUAUACCAUGUAUCAUGGGGGUAUUCAUGUUUUUGUGAAUAUAAAGUUUGGAGGAAUUUAUAACGAUAAUGGUCACCCACACCCUCUCUCAUUUGCUCAAGGUAUUGUGUUGGAUGGCCAAUGUAAUAUAUGUAGUCAAGGAUUUCAAUACCAACUGAUCUUUAAAUGUCACGAGUGUAAGUUUGCAAUUCAUUACAACUGUUGUAGCAUGUAG